CAGACAGAUCGACUUGCCCCAUUUUGUUUAUGUUUGGCUGUUGUAACGAUGCUAAGCAGUUUAUUAAUUCGAGCAAAAAUAUUAGCUCACUAAUUCCAUACAAAAAUAUAAAAGUCACUCCAGACCUUACGCCCUGUCAACGUCGUGUAAGAAGACGCGAAGCGAUAGAAUUGAAUGGGAGUGUUACAGUUAAUAAUCAGUCUGAGACAGUUUGCAACACAGCAAAUAGUUUAGAACACACGAAUAAUAAGCAUGACACCACUCCACAUACGGCUGAUCACUCUGUUGAUCUAGAUGAGUCUACAGAUCAGAAAACUUUGGAUAAGAUACGGACCCCAACUGACACCAAAAACCAUAACGACAUGACUAAUUCCAGCUGUUCGUUCAGUAAUGUACUAAAAUGUGAGUCGUGUAACAACACACAUCCAAUUAAACCUAUACACUUGAAAAUUUGUCCUCCUAAAGAUAUUCCACAAGUAGACUUGAACGAACGUAAGUUCAUCUCACAAAGACAACGAAAGGCUCCAGCUCUGAAGAUAAAGGGUGGGAAGACAAAACUCAUGAUACCGAAUAGGGAAACACGUAAGAUUGAACCCAACUGCUCUAUAGGUAUCCCAAGAACAGUGAACAGGUUCUCCCCGCUGCUAUCGUAUAACUUGCCUUCAGCACCUCCAAGUUGCAAAAUGGGUGGUGGGCUUCAACGUAGCAAGCCUUCUUACACACAGACUAGUGAAAACUACCGGAGAACUGCCCACCCAAAUCACCCCCUGAAGCCUAAAACCAUAAAUACGAAUGGUAAUAAUAGGUUUCUCACUCCACACCCUACCUACAUUCCCCAGGACCGCAACUGUAAUUACUCUCAGAAAGAAAACUUGUCAUACCCUUUACUACCGACCCCUCACAUAACAACGGCUCCCACGUAUAUCAACAGUCGCAACUCCUCCCAGUUACGCGUAGCAGACCCCUCUCACGCUAACGUAAAUAGCCAUAACAGAGGCUACGAGUCUAACCAUCAAGACUAUUUUGUAAAUAACCAUACACUUCACAGUAGGCCUGUACAAGAUUUUUUUGGAAUAAGACCCCUAGUGACACCUCUGUUGAAGCAUAUAGCCCAGGUUAUUUCAAACCACAUGCAAACCAUAAAUUUGUUUCCUCCGUACAGUUUCCAUCACAGAGUACUCCCACCCUUUCCUCCUGGGUAAACUCCCCAAUCAACUUCACUAGCUCAUUUGAUACAUCUCCUACUAAAUCUAGUUAUCAAAAUACCGAGCUAAUGAAGAACAUUCAAUCCAUCAUUUCAAACUCAUCUCACACCCGCGAGGGUUACGUCGACUUUAUCCGAGAUACCCUCAACCAUUUUAACUUAGUAGGCCACUUGCUUAAUAUAUGUCUUAUCAACGCUCGGUCGAUCUGCAACAAAAAGACGGAUUUAGCCCUGUUUGUAUCCAUAUAUCAACCAUCAGUUAUUAUGAUAUCUGAAGCAUGGACUAACAGUAAUAUUUCCGACCAAAGUAUAUCUCGUGAUAACUAUUUCCUAUAUAGAAGCGACAGAUUGAAUGGACGAGGCGGAGGAUGCCUUAUUUACGCUCACUCUAGCCUAAACUCAUUACUAUGUGAUAUGCCUGAACUAAACAAACUGAAGGAUUCGGUGUGGAUUGUAUUAAAGCUGUCGAAUUCCGUUACCUUACUGCUCGGCUGUGUUUAUCGUCAACCUAACGCAUCAAUAGAUGAUAUAGCAGUAUUAUCGGAGGUAUUCACACUAGCAUCAUCCCUCUCAUUCACAGGCAAGCUCAUUUGUGGUGACUUCAAUAUGCCCGAAAUUUCUUGGCUGCCAGUCAAAGCGUCGAGACGUUAUGAAUCAUUUAUUGAAUGUCUAGAGCUCGGACAAUGGACUCAGUAUGUCGAUAGCCCUACCAGACAUCAAAACAUCUUGGACUUAGUCUUUAGCAGUGGCCUCAUCCCCAAUACUUUGUAUAUUGGAAAAAAGUUCCCAGGUAGUGAUCAUAACAUUGUCAUAUGCAGCCUUAAUGUAAAAACCACAACCAAUAGAAGCAAAACCGUAACACUUCGUAGAAACUAUCGCAAGGUUGAUUGGAAUAACUUCCACAGUUACCUAAGAAGCACUGAUUGGGGAACUUACUUUACCUCAAACAAUACCAACACAUUAACCAAUAUAUUUUAUCACAACAUCAAAAGUAUCAUCAACAACAUCGCACCUUUAGAAUACAGUAAACCUGCGUUCUCCAAAGAUCUCUAUAUACCGGUCAGUACAAGAAGACGUCUUCAAAGACAUUGUACUCAAUUCCACAACUUAAAUGACUUUUCUUCUUUAGUAACGAUGACAGAAAUACUUGUCCGAACAGAGGCAAUAAGUAAACAAAAAGCAGUAGCACAGGAAAAACGUGCAGUUGAACUUAAUGAUAACUCCUCUGCACUCACCAUACUACUCCAAAAUAAACUUAAACGCUCUAAAUCGAGAGGGAGUAUAUUCAUUAAAGGCAAACAAGUAUACGAAGAUCCUAAACUUGUCACAGAAUUAUUUAGUGAACAUUUUUGUUUCUCACUAACUAACGAAAAACCAUUUAAUGAUUCAGAACCAAUUCCAGUACCUCCCUGUGAAAUUACUAAUGUAGAAUUCAGUGUACAAAAUAUUUCCAAGGCAAUCAGUACAUUGAAACACUCAUACACUGAUGGACCAGAUGGUAUUCCAUCUAGCAUGCUAAAACGUGGAGGUGAUGAUAUGUGUGUUUUGCUUCUCAAACUAUUCGCGAUAUCACUCUCUUCAGCGUGUUACCCCACUGCCUGGAAAACUACACAUAUCAUUCCCAAAAUUAAAACAGGACCUGAAGCAAACGUUGAAAAUUACCGGCCUAUAAACAUAACUUCAGUGGUAUCCAGAGUGAUGGAAAAAGUAGUUAAGGCGGCUGUAGUACAACAUCUAAUAACUAAUAAUCUCAUCUCGACCUCCCAGCAUGGAUUUCUUAGGUCCAGAUCAUGCGAUACAUGCCUAGUAGACUACCUGAAUGAUAUAACUAUGAAACGAGACAGCGGACUCCUUGUAUCAGUUCUAUUCCUGGACUUUAAGAAAGCCUUUGAUAAGGUCCCACACAAAAGGCUACUCGUCAAACUAAAGUCCUUCGGAAUACACAACCCACUGUACUCAUGGUUUGCUUCGUUCUUAACAGAACGUAAACAGAUGGUAAAGUACAAUGACUGUCUCUCGUCCCCUAGGCCAAUCACCAGUGGAGUCAUUCAGGGAAGCGUAUUAGGUCCACUUUUGUUUCUUAUGUAUAUAAACGAUAUAUGUAACACCAUAGAAUUUGGAAGACCAUACUUAUAUGCUGAUGAUCUCAAAAUAGUAUACAGCUAUAAGCCUGAGACACUAAGCGAAAGUGUAUCCCAAAUCCAAAAGGACCUCAAUAACUUAACUAUAUGGAGUGAAAAAUGGCAAUUACCAUUAAACCUCAACAAGUGCGGGAUCAUGCACUUUGGAAAGCAUCCCUAUAAACCGCAACUUCACUUAAAUGAAAGUAGAGUCCAAACACUCGAAUCAGUACGCGAUUUAGGAAUUAAUUACACAGGAAGCCUGAACUUUGAAGAACAUGCCUCCUCUAUUAUUUCUAAAUCUAGACGGCUAAUUGGCUUUAUAAUGAGAAACGUUUUCACAACAGAGGGUAAACUUACUCUCUACAAAAUAUGUGUAAGACCCUCCCUUGAAUACUGCUCUUUUGUAUUCUCUAAUAUGAAUAUCACAGACAAGACAAGAGUAGAAGAUGUUCAAAGACGUUUCACACGUCAACUACUAGGAUGCAACUCGAAUCUUGAUUACACAGACAGAUGUAAGCAUCUAUCUUUAGAACCCUUAUGGCACCGUAGGCUAAAAAACAAUUUAAUAUUUCUCUACAAAGCGAUAUAUGGGCUCUCCUUUCUAACCUCCUGCCCGACUAUUACCCACGACCCAGCCUAUAGACUUAGAAACAACGCAUAUACACUACUUACCGUAAAACACCAAAAACAAAUGCGUUGUAAGUUCUUUACAGUACGGUACAGUUUAUUGUGGAACAGGCUGCCAAUGCCUAUCCGUAAUUGUGAUACGUUUAUCAGAUUCAAAAGGCUAAUAACCCUAUUUCUAGACUCCAAAGAGCUUCAACAUUUCCUUGAACUCCCGCCCACCAAUGAGGCACUUUAUUACGGACCGCCUAGUAUCUAGAAAGAACAAAAUUAUAACAAGUCCGACUGUUACUAAUAUGAAUAUAACCAAAUCACAGAACAUAUGGCUUAUCCUUUCCUAUUAUUAAUUGUUUAUUAAUCAUGACUUCAUGCUCCUAACCCUAGCUUUCAGUUCCCAAAUUUCUACAGGUUAAAUGUACAUUAUUCUUCCUAAAAGUCAUGCCUUUUUUUUAUUCCACUGCAAGUAGACAGAUAGCUCAAUCUUAUGAAUGCUGAUCUACUAAGGCCGACCAUUCAAAGUUCAAAAUUUGGCCACAACGUCUUCCCCCUUGAGAUAUGGAACUGGUGACUUCAUCCUGCACCAUCCUUAAAGCCUUGGAUAUCCCAGAAGGAAAUAAGGUUGCGAUUUUUAGAAGCCCAUACCUUCAAUGGACCUAUUCUUGACCAUCAGUCGCACAUUCGCAACGCGACUUUCAUGAAGCGCGCCAACUGUAGUACUGAUUUAAACCAUCGACAUUCAUAUCUUAUAAAUUAUCAACCCAGCUAUGUAAUUUAUUGCAGUGUAUAUUGUAUCAUUUGUAUCAAUUUGAUCUUGCCUGUAAACUGGCAUGCCUC